UGUUUUUCAAGUUUAUUGAAUCUUUAUGUAGACUUUCCUAUGGAAGAAUGGAAACAGAGCCAAGGAAAGCUCUUUUAUCCCCUUCUGGGAGAGCCUGCAUUCAUCCUUUUCAUCAUCAGUCAUACGAGAAUAAAAGCCCAUGUGAUAUUAAAUAAGAAAAGUGAAAACAGCACCUUUACUGCUUGAAAAGAACGCACCAGGCGAUGUUCAACGCGUUACACGUGUGGCCGUGUCAGGUUCUGAAGUUUCGGAACAAGUCCAUGCACUCAUGAAACCCUACUGGGUCGUGUUGGAAACGGAAACAUUUUUCCUAAGGUUUUUCCUCUACUCAGAACAUUGGUCACUCCAAAAUACUUGUCAACAUUUACCAGCAAUUCUAAUAUUGCUCACAUUGAAGUGAGACUUAUAGCUACUUUCUAUUGUUAAAAAAAAAACAAAACAAAACAAAAACUCCACACAACCAGCAUUCCAGUUCUCUUAACUUCAAAGAUUAUAACUAGGAGAUUGUAAUCUAUAUAAAAUACUAAAGCAAUACCUUGUUAUUCCAAAAUUAUUUUAUCUUAUAAUGAUCUUAGACCAACAAAACCUUUCAAAAUUGUCAUGGUGAUUCACUACAUUAUUCCUUGAAUGUUGACAUUUUAUUUAAAAUAAAGAUAUGAUUAUCGAUCAUAUAAGUAUGAACUACAGACCUUAGUUAAACUUCACCAGUUUCCCAUCUAUGUCUCCCUUUAAUACCAGAACCCAGUCUAAGGUCCCUUUUUGCAUUUCACUGCCAUUUCUCCUUGGUCUCCUGUGAUCUGUUGGGAUGGGUUCUCUCUCUUGCUCCCCAACAUGUCAAACAGAUGAAGCUUUUCACCGGCUUAGUACCUGUUGGUAGCUCCCCACUGGUGUCGAUGAAGGAGGCAAAAAGACAGUAUGUUCAGAUACUGUACUACCUCACUUUGAACACUUCUAGCCUCAUGUAUCACUACUUGUUGGCUCUCCAUCUGGAGGCUGCACCACGUCAGCCAUGGAUGGAUCCUCUCUUGUGCCACGUACAAGAGGCCCCUAAGUACUCAUGCACUAACUUAGAGAAGGGCCAUAGUACAAAAUGGUGCCUCGUCAGAGUUGGACCAGGUAGGGAAAGGCUUACCCUCCAGAUGGGGGAACAGGCUGAUGUGCACAAAGCAGCCAUUGGGGGUUCUGAGUGGGGACAGUUAGGUAACAGGCAAGAAGAGGCUGCCCUGGUGAUCAGGGAUCCUGUUUCUUUUCCAUCCAUACUAAGAGCUAAGCAGAGGGUCCCUGUGCAUCCCAUCAAGUGUUUUAGAUUUACUGUGGGCAUGGCCUCCUCUAAGAAGUCUUCCCUAAUGACCUUUCCUUUAGUUACUCCUGUGCUGUGUCCUAGGAAGAAGUCCUUUUCAAGGUCACCAAGAGAGAAGCUGUAUCGUGUUUUAAGCUGGAUCCUUGCUGUGACCUGGCAGCCUCUUUGUAGAAAGAAGGGCUGUUCUUCACUCAGGCCCAGUGCCAGAGCAAUGCUGAGUCCCUGCAGCCCGCUCACUGGGGCUUUAAGGAGGCCAGACAGAAUAGGAGGACAACGUGCUGCUCCUCAGUCGUUCCUUUGGAGUCAGCAGCACACAGCCAUGCUGGGCAUAUGGUCCACGCCAAGCUGAGCACUGGGAAGUUGCUGGGCACUGGACUUCAGGUGCAGAUGCUUCAACGCCUUCCCCCAAACACUUAUUUUAACUAUAAGUAACAGUUGAGUGUGCUUUGGUAAUAUAUCUUCCAACAGCUGUCUUCUCUUCCUUCCCCUCCUUCUUCCCUCUCUCUUUUUAUCCUCUGAUCACUCCUAAUUCUUAGGCAAUGAUAUUGUGAUGCAGAUGCUGAGAAAAAGGGUUCUCUCUAAAACUGUGCAAACAGCCUUUUCCCUUGGCUGCACUUAUGGCCAAGUCCUCUGCCUGGCUUCUAGGGUGACCAAAAGCAUUAGGCGAUGGGAUGGGUGGACAGGCUGGAGUUGAGUCUCCUGUGUUCCAGGAGGACUGCAAACAGAAGGCAGGGAUGGGGGAGCUAUGAGAGAGUCAAAUGUCUUCUGAAACAAUUUGUCCUCUUUGUCCUUCCCUCUCUCUCAGGGUGAAAAGCUGGUGAGAAGGGCCUAGUCUUCACUCUCCUUUACCUUUAGUUUUAGUGGAAAUCACCAGAACAGCCAUUCUCUUGGAGUAGAACAGUUGAAUACAGCUGCUGCGGCUUCUGGUGGGAUAACACUCGUGCCUUUCCUCAUACCUUGCUGCUUUACACCAGAAUUAGUGUGUUUUAAAAUCCUCCCUGCAGCCUGGGCACAGGCCUUUUCCUCUCAAAGGGCCUGACAGGCUAGAGGGGAAGAUAACAGCUCCCUGCCACCCCCCUCCACCAAACUCCCCUGAACACUGAAGCGAGGCCCUGAGUAGAAGCCCUGGGCUUAUUUUCCAGUGUCUGGUAAUCUCGUAUCUCUGUACUGCCUUUGUGUCAGCCUCUCUCCAGCACAUUGCCUUGUUGUCCUUGAGGGAGGAAGCCAGAGAGCCUCCAGCUUCCUUUGUAACUUCCCAGUUCCUCCGCACAUCUGCUCACCCACCCCCAAAGACUUGUUUUAAAGCCCUAACCACAGAAUUGAGCCUCUCAUUUUCGAAUGAGGGUUUGUGCCCAUUGCAUGGGCAGCUCUGGGUUCGGAUACCAGCCAUCACAUUCUUAUUACCUCUACAGCGGUAGCAACUUUUGGGGGUGAGGACCAGCAGAGAGUCACCCCCAUAAGCCUUCUCUGGACAAAAUCAGUAAGUUAACAAAAUACAAGUGCUGUCUCAAAGACAUCUUUUCCCCUCAGAAAAAUCAGUUCGUCGAGUAGUUAGGAAUUCAGAUCCUUAUGGCCCUUCUCUGACGCUGUGUGACCCUGCGUGGUCAGAGUGGUUCUCAGUUUUCCUUUCUUAUCUGCCGAAUGGGAACAGAAAAUGAGGUGAACUUCACUGCGAUGUGAGUACUAAGUGAGAUACAGUUUACCACUAAUCCAUACUAGCUAGUAUUAGUAGCCCAAAUAGGCAGGUUGCCUCAUUCUCAAGGUGUUUCUGCUUUCCAAGCCCCUGCUGGGAUUGGGUGGCCAGGGACAGCAUCCAACUGCUGGCCCGGCGGGGGUGACCCAGCAGCUGUCCAGGCCUGGACACAGGUGUGGCCCCGACCACAGUGAGGGCGUGGCGAGCCGAGGUUUGGGCAGGCCCGGCGCACACGAGGGCGGGGAGCUGGCCUCGGUCCCGAGCACCGCACAGGGCGUCUGGGCCGUCCCGCCGGGUCGGGCCUCUCGGCUGUGGUCACGGACCAAGCGCGGGGACUAGUCACGCGCCGCGUCACCGGAGCCGUGGGCCCGGGCUGGACCAGGAGGCGGCGGGGGCGCGACGCCACCGGCCCGCCACGCCCAGGCCCUCAUCAAGUGACCAGUAUCCCUUCCAGGAGAACACGGUCCUUCAAAGAGGGAAGCGCGCUCCAGGCUGCAGCCCCGGCGCCAAGCAGCCGUCAUCUCCUUCCUGUGCCGGGUGAUCUGUCGCCUCACCCACCCGGAAAAACAUAGUCCGCCCCUCUUGUCCUUGUGCCACAGCGCUAGCUGUUGAGAAGGCGCGGCUCUCUCUGACUAGUCCCUCGUCUUGUCCAUGACAAACCCUUCAGGACCCACCGAGAGCAGAAAUAUACCCUAAAAGGAGAGCCCGGGAGAGAAGAAAGAGAGGAAGCCGAGAGGAAGGGAGAGGCGAGGCCCGCGGAGGGACACCAAGACGUCCUCGCAGUGCGCACGCGCGCCGCGAAGAACGAGUUCCGGCCUGGCCGAGGCCUGACUCCUAAAAAUAGCCCCGGUGUGGGGAUCCGUGCGCGGAUGUCCCGGCGAGUCCCGGGCUGAAGGAGGCGGCUCCGGGCGGCGCGGAGUGCUGUGGCGGGCCGGGCCGGGGCUGCGGCGUGUGCGCGCCCGCCGGCAGUAGCGGAGACUCGGAAUUGCAUCUUGUGGAAAAGAAACAAAGAAGAGUUUUCUGCAAGAAUCAAACAUUUUUAAGACAAUUUCAACGGCAGCCCUGGACUAGAAGGUUAAAUAAUAGGAGCUGUGUACGAUGCAUUAGGAGAUUGGAGAAAAUUAGCUUCUGAAGUAAUUAUUAGGAAUAUAAGGAAGACAAGGUGACUGAAAAUGGGGCGAAAGAAGAUACAAAUCACACGCAUAAUGGAUGAGAGGAACCGACAGGUUACUUUUACAAAGCGAAAGUUUGGAUUGAUGAAGAAAGCCUAUGAACUCAGUGUGCUCUGUGACUGUGAAAUAGCACUCAUCAUUUUCAACAGCUCUAAUAAGCUGUUUCAGUACGCUAGCACUGACAUGGACAAAGUCCUUCUCAAAUACACUGAGUAUAACGAGCCUCAUGAAAGCAGGACGAACUCGGAUAUCGUUGAGACGUUAAGAAAGAAAGGCCUUAAUGGUUGUGAGAGCCCUGAUGCUGACGAUUACUUUGAGCACAGUCCACUCUCGGAGGACAGAUUCAGCAAACUAAAUGAAGAUAGUGAUUUUAUUUUCAAACGAGGCCCUGUAAGUACUUUCACUUUACCUUUACUUUUUAUUUGUUGAUCCUUUUUGUUAACUUCAUAUUUAGGCUCUGAACAAGAAGGAACACAGAGGGUGCGACAGCCCAGACCCUGAUACUUCAUAUGUGCUAACUCCACAUACAGAAGAAAAAUAUAAAAAAAUUAAUGAGGAAUUUGAUAAUAUGAUGCGGAAUCAUAAAAUCGCACCUGGCUUGCCACCUCAGAACUUCUCAAUGUCUGUCACAGUCCCUGUGACCAGCCCUAAUGCUUUGUCGUACACUAACCCAGGGAGUUCACUCGUGUCACCGUCUUUGGCAGCCAGCUCAACAUUAGCAGAUUCGAGCAUGCUGUCUCCACCCCCAGCCACGCUACAUAGAAAUGUGUCCCCAGGAGCUCCGCAGAGACCACCAAGUACCGGCAGUGCAAGUGGGAUGUUGAGCACUACAGACCUCACGGUGCCAAAUGGAGCUGGAAAUAGUCCUGUGGGGAAUGGAUUUGUAAACUCAAGGGCCUCUCCAAAUUUGAUUGGAAAUACUGGUGCAAAUAGUUUAGGCAAAGUCAUGCCUACAAAGUCUCCCCCGCCACCAGGUGGUGGCAGUCUUGGAAUGAACAGUCGGAAACCAGAUCUACGAGUUGUCAUUCCCCCAUCAAGCAAGGGCAUGAUGCCCCCACUUAAUGCCCAAAGGAUAAGCAGUUCUCAAGCCACUCAACCUCUUGCCACGCCUGUAGUGUCUGUGACAACUCCGAGCUUGCCUCCACAGGGACUAGUGUACUCAGCAAUGCCGACAGCCUACAACACUGAUUACUCACUGACCAGCGCUGACCUGUCUGCCCUGCAAGGCUUUACUUCCCCUGGAAUGCUGUCUCUGGGGCAGGCUUCAGCCUGGCAGCAGCACCAUCUAGGACAAGCAGCCCUCAGCUCUCUGGUGGCUGGAGGGCAGUUAUCUCAGGGUUCAAAUUUGUCCAUUAACACCAACCAGAACAUCAACAUUAAGUCAGAGCCAAUUUCACCUCCCCGUGAUAGAAUGACCCCAUCAGGCUUCCAACAGCAGCAGCAGCAGCCACAACAGCAGCCACCGCCACAACCUCCACAGCCCCAACCCCGGCAGGAAAUGGGGCGCUCCCCUGUGGACAGUCUGAGCAGCUCCAGCAGCUCCUAUGAUGGCAGUGACCGGGAGGAUCCACGGGGUGACUUCCAUUCUCCAAUUGUGCUUGGCCGACCUCCAAAUACUGAGGACAGAGAAAGCCCUUCUGUAAAACGCAUGAGGAUGGACACAUGGGUGACCUAAGGCUUCCUGGUUCAUGUUUGUUCUUUGUGUUACUGCAGUGAACUGCCCUACAUAUCUUAAAUUGGUGAAUAAGGACAUGAGUUCAAUAUAUUUAUAUGUACAUGCAUACAUAUAUAUCCCUUUACAUAUAUAUAUGUAUGUUGGUGUGAGUGUGUGUGUAUGUGUGGGUGUGUGUUGCAUACACAAAAUCAGGCACUUACUGCAAACUCCUUGUAGGUCUGCAGAUGUGUGUCCACAUGGCAGACAAAGCACCCUGUAGAAACAGACCAGUCUGGCACUUCCUUGGACUACUUGUUUCGUAAGAUAAAGUUUUUGCAGAGAAACGUGUACCCAUAUAUAAUUCUUCCACAUUAGCCUGCAGAAACCUAGGGGGCCCCCUAUUUGUUUUAUUUAACUGUGCGGUGACUGUAGUUACUUCAGAAAACAAAAUGCUUUGUAGAACAGAGCAGUAGAAAAGCAGGAACCAAGAAAGCAAUACUGUACAUAAAAUGUCAUUUAUAUUAAUAACCCAACUUGGCAUGGGUCUAUUGCAAAGGGGUGCAUGGGAAAGGGCUGUUGAUAUUAAACAAACAAACAAUAAACAAAAAGCCCCACACAUAACUGUUUUGCACGUGCAAAAAAAAUGUAUUGGGUCAAAGAAGUGAUUUUUAGCUAUUAAAAAGAGAGAAUAGAAAACACGCAUGAAAUAUUCAGAAAUACUAGCCUAGAAAUAUAGAGCAUUAACAAAAUAAAAUUAAUAUAUUAAGUUAUAAUUGGAAUAUGUCAGAAGUUUCUUUUACAUUCAUAUCUUUAAAAAUUAAAGAAACUGAUUUUAGGUCAUGUAUAUUUUAUAAGAAAGAAAACACCCUUAAUGAAUUGAUGACUAUAUAUAAAAUUAUAUCCACUACUUUUGAACACAUUCUGCUGAAUUAUUUAUAUAAGCCAAAGCUGUAUGUUGUAACUUUUUUUUAAAGAAUAGCUUUAUCUUGUUUUAACUUUUUAGUUUUAUUUUAAGAGGGGAGAAAAAACAAAAAUAUCUUGCAAGCAGAACCUUGGAAAAAAAAAGCCAUGAACACUUAUUAUUCUAUAUGUAAAUUAAAAGUUGAGCCAAACUCUUUGUGUAUAUAGCAUCUUAAAUAUAUUAUCACCUUUGAUGUAAGUACCUAUGUAUUGUAUGGUCACCAGAUUAAAAAGUAUAUUUUUGUGGAUUGCCGCCAAUUUGGGGGGAAAGGCGAAGUCCUUAAGUAGAGUAUUCACUGUUUAAUAUUUACUAUUUUGUUAAUAUACUGUACUUUGGAUUUUAAUUAUCAGCCCAGCUUUUCAGAGGCCUGUGUAAAGGGUUCCCCUCACUGGUGGUGAAUGUGUGAUGUUCUGUUGUGAGCUUUGUGCUGUAUGGGGUGAGCAUCAUUAUAUAUUUUAUAUGUGUACAUAAAUAGCAAAGUGGCAAGAAAUUGGUGUUAAGUCCAUCCUGCAUAAAUAUAAAAUGUGUUGUAACAGAUUUUAUAAGGCGUUAUUUAAAACCUGCCUUUUGUGGGGGAAAAAUGGUAGAAAGAUGACCUAAUUUAACUAAUAUUAGAGAAAAUGGCAGAAUAGUAGAUGAGCACAAAGGUUUUAUAAGUGGUAAAUAAUUAGAAAAAUAUCUGUAGGGAAAGGGAUCUUUUUCUCCUUGACUCUAAAGAUAGAAUGACGCAGCUGGUUACAAAAUCCAGGAGGGCUUUAGCGUCCGUGCGUGCGCAGGAAGGCACGGGCGUGCAGGGAACAGCUCUCUUAUGGUGCAAACCCUCGACACGAUUCUCGGUGUCCUGACGGAAACUGGUGCCACCCUCAGCUUGGAUUUUGAACAAGGCCUUACUCUUACAGGGAGACAGCUCGUUGGUGAUGGCAAGUUGAUCCGUUUACUGGGCUUGUGCCAUGAACAAAAUUCAAAGUCCUGUAUAUCUUUUAUCCUAGAUUUUUAAAUACUCCUUUUCCUGAAAAUUAAAGGGUUUAAAAAUGGCUGCUAUUUUAUAUUGAACAAUGUUGAGCAGCUACCUGCAGUUUUUACUUCCAUUUUGCUUUCCCCCCCCCGACUUCCCUAAAUUCUGCUCCUUUUGAUGUUUCCUCAUCUGCUGUCCUGACAACUCAUCGCCAGCCUUCCUGCCCGGCACACAGGUAUUAGGCACACACACCGUGGCGAGCGAGCGGGCACAGGCUGUGCAGCGGAGAGCGCCUCACUGACCGUUGGCUAGCACGUGUUAGCAGAAGCCAAAAAAGUGGGGUGAUGUUUGCUCUCCUCUCUGUGGUCUCAACACUCGGCUCUUACUCAGAAAAGAGUAGGCUUGCUUUCUGAGAUGUACGGAAUUGACUUACAGGCACGUUCUUCAUAAGGUCAGACCUGACUAAAACAAGACAGUCUCCCAACACUGAAUGUCCAAGAUAACCCUUACCACUUUGUAAACCAUUUAUAGCUUUGAAAGUAUUAAGUGACCCUUUCAUCAUUAUUUAUGCAUGUUCAUGAACUUCUGCUGUAUACUGGAAUAGGAGUUAACACAUUCACAUUUACUGUCUAUUUUCUUGUGUGCCUUAUGCGAUGGCUUUUCUGACUGUAUCUCAAUAGUCUUUCUUUCUAUGCAGGUUUGUAAUCAGGACAACUACUGUUUUCUAAAGGAAUAUUACACGAGGCUCGGAGUUUGUAUUUAAAUUACACUGACCAAGUCACAAUGUAUUCCGUUUUCAGGAACUGAAUAUCUGACUGUUAAUCUUCCCCCAUAUGCCCAGUGUGAUCUGGAGCGUAUGGGUCUGACAUCCUUCACCCAGAUGCUCAUGUGUGAACACAUCCACAUCCACGGCUCUCAGUGGAAGCCAGCCUAGAGCAGGGAGGACACUGACAGUGUUGCUUUAAACUGACUUUUCUUACCCUUUGAGACUCAUGUGUUUUGUAUAAGACACCAUCACAGGAAAGUUUUCUCCCUUCAGAUAACAUAUUUUAUUAUUAAAAAGAAAAACAAAAAAAGCUUAAGUUGCACUGGACAUGGGAAGUUCCCUCAGGACUCUAAGUGGUUCUAUACUGAGAGUGAGUGUCACCGCUGUGUCAACACAGGUGGUCCCAGUCAAAACUCCAUCCUUUGAGCCCUAAUUACAUCCAUUGUGUUACAAAACUAAAUCAGGGGUUUGUUCUAAAAGAACAAUACAUGUUUCACCAUUUCCUUUCAACUGUAAAGACGACUAAUGUAUUAACAUAAUUUCUGUAUUAACCAUCAUGCGCACAAGAAAUACAUAGUAAAUACGGAACCUGAAAACUCCUGGCAUUGGAUCAUAAAAAGCUAGAUGAUUAGAAUGUGAAAAGAACUUUACAAAUGUAAAACUUUUAUUUCUCUGUAGAAACUUUCUUCACUUUGCUGUGCAAGAAGACACUGCUUUGCUAUAUUUAAAAUGGCUUUUUUAAAAGAGAUUUAUGUAUUUGGUAAAUGUUUGUAGUCAACAGUUCACACAAAGAAGCUGUACUCGGUUUGAUCAUGUAAAACCGUUUGGCGGCACAAGCUGGACUUUGUUGCCAUCCUUGAGAUGAACCUUUUAAGAAAAAUAAGUUAAUCUCAAUUUUUCCCUGAAUGUGUUGUUUUUUCUUCAUUAUACAAUAAAUAUUAUAGUGAAGUUUUUAUCAAAUGGUUAAGACAAUGCUUGAGGUUGUUGUAAGCUAUUUGUCUCCUGCACUCACUCCAGUAAAGAUGGCCUGGCUUUGACCAUA